AUGGGAGACCAAGUACAAUCCGAUUCGAGUCCCUAUACUCUGUCAAUGACCAAUGGCAGUUCAAACUGGGUAGUACAAAAAUUUGGAGGCACCAGUGUCGGAAAGUUUGCCCUGAAUAUCAUUGAUCAUGUUGUGCUGCCGAGUCUCAGAGAAAACAAAGUCGCCGUGGUAUGCUCCGCAAGAAGCAGCUCAACUAAAGCUGAAGGUACCACGAACCGCCUCCUGCGAGCAGCCCGUGAUGCCGAAAACGCCCAGUCGCACGAGUAUGUUUCCUUGGUGGAGGCAGUUCGGCUCGAACACGUCCAAGUCGUCGAGACUCAGAUACAAUCUGAAACCCUCAGGACCCAGUUAAUUUCAGAGAUUAAUGGCGAAUGCGAAAGAGUCCUGAAGGUUCUAGAGGCGGCUCAAACGCUCGGGGAGAUAAGUGCGCGUUGUGUGGACAAAGUCAUCAGUACAGGAGAGAAACUUAGCUGCCGACUGAUGGCUGCCUUUCUACAAGACCGUGGCGUAGAUUCGCAAUAUGUGGAUCUGGCGGAAGUGAUUGAUUUCCCUAUCGGGAGUCAAGGUCUUGACCAGGACUUCUAUAACAAUCUUGCUACUGUUCUCGGCAGAAAGCUCAGGGAUUGCGAAGGAAGAGUGCCGGUGGUCACUGGCUUCUUCGGGACUGUGCCUGGGGGUCUUCUUGAUCAAAUUGGUCGUGGUUAUACAGAUCUCUGCGCUGCUCUCGUUGCAGUCGGAGUCCAUGCCAAAGAACUACAGGUGUGGAAGGAGGUUGACGGGAUCUUCACCGCUGAUCCUCGCAAAGUCCCAACCGCGCGUCUGCUGCCAGCCAUCACACCCGCUGAGGCAGCCGAAUUGACAUUUUACGGCUCCGAAGUAAUCCAUCCUUUCACCAUGGAGCAAGUCAUCCGCGCUAGGAUUCCCAUUCGUAUAAAGAACGUUAUGAAUCCAAAGGGUGAUGGGACCGUGAUAUUCCCCGACUCCACAUACGAACUUGAAAGAACAACCCCGGGCCAUGAUCCAAGGCUUUUCCGUACACGAAGCCCCAGUCUCAUGCAGAGGCCCAAGCGACCGACAGCUGUCACAAUCAAACAUAAAAUACUCGUCAUCAAUGUGCAUUCAAACAAGCGCUCGCUUUCCCAUGGCUUUUUCGCUGGGAUAUUCUCUGUUCUUGACCGCUGGAGACUCUCGAUUGAUUUGAUAUCUACAAGUGAGGUCCAUGUGUCAAUGGCCCUUCACUCAGAGAUGCCUCUCCUCAAUGGAGUUGGUAGAGAUGAGUAUCAGAUCAUCGACGAAGAUCUGAAAGGCGCGUUGAAUGACUUGCAGAAGUAUGGUACAGUCGAUAUUAUCCCAGAGAUGGCUAUUCUCAGCCUGGUUGGGAAGCAAAUGAAGAACAUGAUUGGAGUUGCGGGGCGCAUGUUUACCACACUUGGUGAGAAUAAUGUUAAUAUCGAAAUGAUAUCACAGGGUGCAAGCGAAAUAAACAUAUCUUGUGUUAUCGAAGAAAGGGACGCAGACCGUGCUCUCAAUAUCAUUCACACCAGCAUGUUUACUUUCCUGGACUGA